AUGACGUCUGUUCCCGUGAGGCGGACGGCCGUGUCGGACCGCCACCCUCCCGGGGACAGCGACUGGGGUGUCAGCUCCAAUGAGAAUUACAGGGGAAGAGCCAGAACAGCCAUGGUGCGCAACGUGAUCAUCACCAUCAUCCACACAAAGCUAAGAUUUCACUUCAUCACAAGUGCAAUGGAGGACAUCAUCACCGUGGAGACGGUUUCUAACGCGGCGUCCGUCACCGAGCCCGGCGACAGCCUCCAAGGCGAGUGGGCGGGUCCUCACCUACCUGCGUUCAGCACCGUGAUGGCCGUCCUCUACCUGCUGGUUUGCGUGGCGGGACUGGGCGGGAACGCCCUGGUGAUGGUCACCGUAGCGACGAUGGACAAGAUGGGGACAGCGGCCACCGUCUACAUCUUCAACCUGGCCCUGGCGGACAGCCUGUUCAUGGCGGGCCUCCCGUUCAUCGCCGCGCGGAACCUGCAGGGCUACUGGGCCUUUGGCGACCUGGCCUGCAAGCUGGUCAUGUCCCUCGACGGUGUCAACCAGUUCACCAGCGUCUUCUGCCUGACGGUCAUGAGUGUGGACCGCUACAUGGCGGUGGCCGACCCGCUCCGGUUCGCCAGGUGGCGCACCCCGCGGCAAGCCAAGGCAAUCAGCGCGUGCAUGUGGUGCCUCUCCCUGUUCCCUGUCCUCCCCCUGGCCCUGCACUUCUCCGCUGAGGACGGGCUGUGUUCGCUGGACACCGGCCGUGCUUCCUUCCACACCUGGUGGCCCGCCUUCCUCACGGCUGCCUUCAUCCUGGGCUUCGCCCUGCCGUUCGUCGUCAUGGUGUCCGCCUACGCGGCACUGGUGGCGGCCCUGCAGGCCCGUGGCGGUGAGGGGUGGAGCGCGGAGGACCACCGCGCGGAGCGGCAGGUGACCCGGAUGGUGGUGGCGGUGGUGCUGGUGUUCGCCGCCUGCUGGCUGCCAUUCUACGCGUACAACUUUUGCUCGCUGCGCGGGGACGACCCGGGCCCGGCGUUCGCGGCCGGCUUCGAGAUCGCCGUCCUCCUCUCGUACUCCUGGAGCUGCGCAAACCCCGUCCUGUACGCCUGCCUCUCCGAAACCUUCAGGAGGCACUUCCACACCCUCCUGUGCUGCGGACGGGGCGCGCGGAGCGGACGCCGCCGCAGCAACAGCGACAGUUAUGAUCUGCAGGAGGACAGCGACGGGGAGACCAGCGACGGGGAGACCAGCGGCGUGUGA